CGAGUACUGCAACUGCACCGAUGAACAAGAAUCCCAUGCAGCAGAAUACUUUGCCAAGGCCUCUAUACCUGAGGAGGUAUACCCUGGUCCCUUUUGUGGUUGUUGUGCAAGAGGUGGUGGCUGUACUGAUGGCGACCCGUGGUGAUGAUGGCGGUGAUGAUGGCAGUGAUGAUGGCGGUGAUGAUGGCUGUGACAAUGCUGGUGACGACUAUGACCAGCCUGUUUUCACUCAGAACAUGGACAUGGCACUGAGCAGUGGUGACGCUGACGUCAAUGCACAUCCUGCUGUCAAAGAUGAUAACAGGGCAUCUGAUUCAGCGGUUUCUGAGGUCCUCCCACAGUCUUGCCUUGAGGUGAGGGAUGAUGAUGAUGAUUUUGAUGAUGAAGAUGAUGGUCAUGCUGGUGAUUACAGAAAUGCAGUUGCCAGCUGUGGUCCUGACAAUGGCGAAUCUGUCUCGAUGGAACUGACCGAGAGCGGUGUCCAUGACAUCAACAAAAGUGAUGAGGAUGAUGGCCAUGGAGAUGAGAGUAAUGGGCAUGGUCUUGGUCAGGGUGAUGACCCCGAGGAGGAGUUAGCCAAUACUAGUGCUCGACACAAUUAUGGCAGAGCCCUUGUGACUGAAGUGUCUGAGCUCAAUGUCGACGAUGAAGGCAAUCGUUGCUGCAAGGAUGGUCAUGGUGAUGGCGAUGCUGGUGUUGUCGAUGACGUCACACUCUUUGCUGAAAUGAGUCUGUCGAACCUUCAUGAUGGCAUCCGUGGUGAUGGGGGUCUUCGUGAGCGUUGUGAUGAGUGUGCAGAUCAAGUCAGAAAUGAUCACCGCGAUGAGGACAGAGUUCUAUUGACUACCCUUGCACACUUGGACGGCCAUACCAGCACCAAUAAUCAGCAGCAGCAGCAGCAGCAGGAGGAGGAGGAGGAGGAGGAGGAGGAUGGUAAGGCGGGUGAUUAUCGUGCACAUAAGCUGGUUUCCAAUGCAGAGGAGGAGGAGGAGGAGGAGGAGGAGGAGGAGUGGGAUGGUGAGACGUGUGAUUAUCGUGCACAUGAGCUGGUUUCCAAUUCAGCUGAGGAUUUGGAAGAACAGUGCGAUUCUUUUGUUAGGGAUCGCCUUGAUGUUGCAGCACGCAUAGUAACUUCUUCAUCUCGCUGGACCAGCUCGAUUGCGAGAACUGGUGCUGGGCGCGAUGCACCGGGUUGCUUCGAUGAGAUGGUUGCCGAGUUGCUACUUCGCCCUCCGUAUCUGAGGGAUCCCGUCCAGACUGCCUGCGCGCAAUUCGCCCACAUCUUCAGGGGGUCGCAGUGGGAGAAACUACCUCAGCAGCACGUGCUCCACCUCUUGCAGUUUUUGUCCCCACAACAGCAUGUCAUAUUUCGACCUCCCUCCAGCACCCAAGCAUCUCGUGAUGCUGCUGCAAAAGCCGCUGGGUGGUUCCGGUUUGAAUACGGAUGGGGUGGCUCCGACAUACCUGACGCACCAAUCAAGGAACUGCAUGCAAGGAACCUAGUCUUGCAGAAGUGAGACCAGGUCUGGAACAAGACCAGGUGGGAGUCCCGGAGUGCGCCAAUG